UGUACAGAAACAAAGAGGUGUCUUUGUUAAACCGCCCCUUAAAUUUGUGCACCGCCAAGGAAACUUUUAAUUCAUAGUUUAAACUCCGGGAAUCAUGAUUUUACUAAUAUCUCUGCUGGUGGCCGCUACCUGUGCUCAUGAAGACCGACUUAAAGCAAUACUGCGAUCCCCAAAAGCGACCCUGCGAGCGUAUGGUCAGUACAAAGCAGAUCAGAAACUCAGUUUCGGACCAAGUGAGGAUAGGAUGAGGUUAAAGAUGUGGCGCAGUUCGGCGGAAAUUGUGGCGGAACAGAACUCAAGACAGGACAGCAGUGUUACUCUCGAACUUAAUUUCUUUGCGGUCAUGACUGCUGAGGAACGAAAUCGAUAUCUCGGUAUGAAUGGCACUUCUGGAAUCAAAGCGAAACCAAGAACACUCAGUUCCGUUUUAUCUGACACUCCAGCUGAAGUGGACUGGACCGAGAAAGGGCUGGUUACUGCAAUCAAAGAUCAAGCUAGUUGCGGAUCUUGCUGGACUUUUGGUGCAGUGGGAGGUCUGGAGACACGAUACGCUCUCUUGGAGAACUCCGCCCUCCGAAACUUUGCAGAGAAGGAAUAUUUGGACUGUGUCUAUGAAGGGUUAGCAGAUGGAUGUAACGGGGGGUGGAUGCAGGAGUGCUACGAGUACUCAGCAGCAAAUGGAGGGAGACUUGCUGCGACAGCAGAUUAUCUUUACCAAGCUGUGGAUGAGAAGUGUUUAGGAGCAGAGAAACCAGAUGCCAUGAUCGCUGCAAAGAUCGUAGGAUACGUCAAGGUGGCUGAGAAUGAAAUGGCGAACAUCGAGGCUAUAGCUGAGGGCUCUAUAACAGUUGCAUUUGAAGCGACGAAGUUCUUCCAGCUUUACCAAACUGGCAUCAUUAAGGACAUGACUUGUACAGGAUCUCUGAAUCACGCGGUAACUGCAGUAGGUUACACAGAAAAGUAUAUUCUGGUGAAAAACAGCUGGGGUGGCGACUGGGGAGAAUCAGGGUAUGUCAGAUAUAUGAGAGGGCAUCACAACUGUGGACUCUAUCUCGACUCCUACUAUCCCGAUCUGGAGGUGACGGGCGUGGCAGAUAGUAAUCCUGACGAAGCAACUGACUACGUUGUUCCAGAUAAUGACGACAGGUUUGACCCAGUUCUUUGCAAAGACAAGUACAUGAAGUGCACACUGGCUCACUGCAAGGACAUCACAUAUGCGGAGAGGUACUGCGCUAAAACAUGCAACAAGUGUACAGAAGGAGGAUGUCCUUCAGGAACGAUCCUUUGCAGUGAUGACGUGUGCCGACACCAGCACAUGUGUCCGUAAACAAUAGAUUUUCAGUUUAUUUCUAUAAUUGAAAUCUAAAAA